ACCAACACAAACUCAUGGAUCAAAAGCAUCUCGUCGCAGGCCGUCUCGUCGGUGACCAUCGGUGACUGAACACAAAAGAGUAAUAGAUAGCGGGAAAUUCGAGCUUGAAUUCUGACAUAAGAAGUAAAUUGUAUAUUAAUUAAAAUUGCCAAUAAAUGUAUAAGCCAAAACUGACAAGAUUAAUACUUAGGAAAGGUUACAAUACAUUUUAUCAGCAAGACAUGAGCAGUUGUGAAGCACUGAACAGACCUGUAGAAAGUUCGAUUAGGGCAAAAUUGGAAGCUGCAUUAAAACCCCUUCAUUGCGAUGUUAUUAAUGAGUCCUAUAUGCAUAACGUUCUCAAGAACUCUGAGACGCAUUUUAAGAUAGUGGUUGUAUCAGAGAAAUUUGAUGAGCAGCCAUUAAUUAAGCGACACCGGAUGAUAAACGAAUUGUUGAAAGCAGAACUGCAGAGAGGUGUACAUGCUCUAUCAAUUGUGGCUAAAACACCAGAGCAAUGGGAGGCAAGUGAUAAAAUGGUGGCUGCGAGUCCUGCUUGCAGGGGCGGUUUUGGAAAAUAAUGUUGUGUGAUAAUUUAAUGAAUUAUAAAAAAGCAGUAACUUGAAUUAUAAAAAUAACUCACAUAAGUAUCAAAAUAAAUACAUCUCUUCAAUUUACAU